AUGGCUAAGAAGCCAAAGACCAUCAAGUUGAGUGCCAAGCUGAUUGUGACCAGCAUUGAGAACAGGGCCCAGCAGCUUUCCGAAUCUGCCAAAAAGGCAUUUUCCAACACCAUUGAGCUCCCCAGCCAAGCUGCUGGUUCUGGCCAAGGUGCGCUCAUAGGCAAAGAUCCUCCGUCCCUGGGAUCUUCGCGCGACCUGGGAUGGUAG